GAUUGUUUUGUUGGUCCUGAAGACAAAGAAGGAGAAGACACACACAAACGCAACACAAUCAAAUCAUCGUGAUUGUCAAAACACAAACACUAAAACAGCACACUUGAUGUUACUGUUCUGCUACUGUUACACAACCUCUACCACCGAAUUUUGUACUAAGUUCUUAAGUUUCAGGUGUGUCCGAGGUAGGGUUUUUGCACAGUUCUCACCAGUUGUGAGCUGUGAAUAGGAGCAUAGUAAGUCAAUGGAAGGUGUUGACCAAAAUGGUAUGCAUCGAACCAGUUAUGCAUUUGGUCCUCAAGUACCAAGACCACCAAACCAGAAACUUGGUAUACCACCCUCCCACCCAAAUGUUAAUAUCCCUCAUUCAACUCCUUAUGCCCAAUUUUCGGGGUCAUCUUCUCAGCGAUUGCGUUCUCCGGGUUCUUCCCAUUCAAGGUCUUUGUCUCAACCAUCAAUUUUCUCGCUGGAUUCCUUGCCCCCAUUGAGUCCUUCACCAGCUACUACCUCCUUUUAUGACUCGAUUUCGACAACAGAUAUGUCUGUGGAGGAAAGUUUGGUUUCCUCUCAAGCUCCUUCCAAUGGCGGUCAUGUGCUUCAGGGUGGUCAUAGACUUCCUCCUCGUAAAGGACAUAGGCGCUCGAGCAGUGAUUCCCCUUUGGGAAUCUCUGGUUUUAUGCAAUCUUCUCCUCCUCCAUUGGUUCCUCCCCGAGGAGAAAGCUCUGGUUUUGAGAAGCCAAUCCAGUUAGUGUUAAAGGGGUCAAUUAAGGAUGAGGACCGUAUUGACGAGGCUAUGAAUGAGAGGAAAGAGGAAGGUGCGGAUGAUUUGUUUAGUGAAUUCAUGAAUUUGGACAACAUUGAUAAUCUGAACUUUUCUGGGAUGGAAGAUAAGGAUUUGGAUAGCAGAACUAGUGGUUCAAAGACAGUAGAAAGCAGUGAUACUGAAGUUGAGAGUCAUGCAAAUGGGAAAACAAGUGGUAGUCAGGGGGCAAGUUCAAGCUGGUUUGAGGAAAGAAGGGAAGGAAUCAAGAGGAGUUCAGAUGGGGACAUUGCACCAGGUGCCCGGCACCGGAGAAGUUUCUCAUUGGAUAGUUCCAUAGGAAACUUUCAUAUUGAGGAUGGAUCUCCUAAGCUUCCCCUUUUGAAAAAUCAAGUUGGUCAACACUCACCUAGCAAUUCAAUAGAUGGUAAAACAUCUGAAACCACCCUGGAUUAUGGAAAUGGUGAAUUCAAUGUAGAGGAGCUGAAGAAAAUAAUGGAAAGUGAUAAACUUGCUGAAAUUGCCUUCUCUGAUCCCAAGCGUGCAAAAAGAAUUUUGGCUAAUCGUCAAUCAGCUGCUCGUUCAAAGGAGAGGAAGAUGCUAUACAUUACUGAAUUGGAGCAUAAAGUGCAAACCCUUCAGACAGAGACAACCACAUUAUCUACUCAGUUUACCAAAUUACAGAGGGAUAACACUGAGCUUAAAAAUGAGAACAACCAGUACAAAUUAAGGCUUCAAGCGAUGGAACAACAGUCUCAUUUGAAAGAUGCUCUGAAGGAGACCUUGGAUGCUGAAGUACGGCGAUUGAGGCUUGCAGUUGCAGAACUUGGUGGGGAAUCCCUCACGAGUUGCAUGGCUCGACAACUUGCUAUUAACCAGUUACAGCAUCAGCAACUCGGCCAGCAGCAUAGACAUUUUAUACCUCAAAAUCGCCAUACUCAUGGAGAGACAGAGUCUCAAGGCAAUGAAUUGCAUCCUCAGACUCAGUCACAGCAGAUUCAACGCAAUGAAUUGCAUCCCCAACCUUAAAUUACAAAGCAUUAUCACACCAAAUAGUAGAAGCAAAUGGAGCUGAUGGGGGAUAAUCAAUCGUAUAUAAGCAGCACUUAACUAGCAUUAGUUUGCUCUUAGUUUCGUAGAUUAUCUUUAUUUAAUUUAUUUCUUUUGUCUGUUUUACCCGCAUAUAUAAACUCCGAAUAUUCUGUUCAUGUUAGGGGACCUUUUGGUCUCUGUUGAAGGGGCCAUAUUGUGGCAUAAUCUAAUAAUAAUAUAUGCUGUUUUUUUUA